CAUCUUCGUUCUUCACAGACAAGCUUCUUCUGCGAAGCAGUGCAUUGAUCGAACAAAGAUGGUAGUCCAUAAGACCCCCUCCUCAGUAUUGUCUCUCCUAAUUUGUUUGACCAUCAUCGUCCUAGCAUUAGGAUUCCACCCCUCUCACGCCCAGAGCUCCCCGCAAGACUACCUCGACGCCCACAACGCGGCUCGCUCCGAGGUGGGCGUCGAACCCAUGGUCUGGGAUGACACCGUCGCCGCCUAUGCUGAAAGCUACGCCAGCCAAAGGAGCGGCGACUGUGCUCUAAUUCACUCCACCGAUAGCCCGUACGGCGAGAACAUCGCCGUCAGCAACGCCGAUGAGUUCACCGCCGUGGAAGCCGUGAACCUCUGGGUGAAGGAGAAGGCCUACUACGACUAUGGCUCGAAUUCUUGCGCCGAAGGUCAGACGUGCGGGCACUAUACCCAGGUGGUGUGGCGAAACUCUGUCCGGCUGGGCUGCGCUAGGGUUCAGUGCAGUGCUGGCGAGUGGGAGUGGUUCAUCAUUUGCAGCUAUGAUCCCGCCGGCAAUGUCUCCGGCGAACGCCCUUACUAGAUACACACACACACACACACACAAAUAUAUAAUGAUAUAAAUAAAAGUUGUACUUGUGGUUGCAUGCAGUUGGUAUACUUCAACUGGAUCCUGCAAUAGGCACUGUGUUGUGUUCUUCUUCAGUCUUUGUAUUUCGGACGUAUUUGUUUCCUUCCCUUGUCAUUGUACUUUGGACAGAUAAAUAAAACACGUGUACGUUUGAUUUAGCCA